GCUCACUCUAUUUUUUGUCAUUAGUACAGUAUUAUACUUGAAACAGCCACUCUGAUCAUGUUUGCUGCAGCUCGCCUUGCUGGUCGCGCGUCGUCGGUCGCUGUGGCGGCGGCGAUCGCUGCUCCUCGCCAGGUGGCCACCCGCGCACUCGCGUCCAACGCGGCUGCUGCCACUGCCGUUGCUGCUGCUCAAGCUCAAUCUCAAACUCAAGCCCAAGCAUCCUCUUCAUCGGCCACCCAGACCAACAAGAGCAUCCUCCCGCCCGUCCCCGAGAUGGUCGCAAUGUACAAAAAGUACCUCAUGAACACGUACGACCGCCCCGACGUCGUCUUUGUCCGUGGCGAGGGCCUCUCGCUCUUCGACUCUGCAGGGCAAGAGUACCUUGACUUUUACGCAGGCAUUGCCGUCACCGCGCUGGGCCACAACAACCCGAUCGUCAACCGCGCCCUCGCUGAGGCACAGCCGUUGCUCCACCUCGGCAACCUCUUCCACUCGGCACCCGCCAUCUUUCUCGCCAAGGAGCUCGUCACCUCGACCGCCUGGGCCGACAAGGCCUUCUUUUGCAACAGCGGCACCGAGGCGAACGAGGGCGCCCUCAAGUUUGCUCGCAAGUGGGGCAACACGGCAGACCCAUCCCUCAACAAAAACCAAAUCGUGGCGUUCAAGGGCGGCUUCCACGGCCGCACGAUGGGCUCGCUCUCGGCCACGCACAACCCUGCCUACCAGGCAGCCUUCCAGCCGCUCAUCCCGAACAACCUCGUGGGCACCUUCAACGAUCUGCAGUCGGCGUCCGACUUGGUCUCUGACCGUACCUGCGCCGUCAUUGUCGAGCCCAUCCAGGGCGAGGGCGGUGUCUACCCCGCCACGGCCGAGUUCCUCGCGCACCUCCGCAAGCUCUGCGAUCAGCAUAACGCCUUGCUCAUUUUCGACGAAAUCCAAUGCGGUGUUGGUCGUACCGGCCAUCUCUGGGCGCACUCUGCUCCCCAGUUCAACGGCGUCCAGCCCGACAUCAUGACCCUGGCCAAGCCUCUUGCCAACGGCCUUCCCGUGGGUGCCAUUCUUGUGCGCGACCGUGUUUCCGAGCUGAUCAAGCCUGGCGAUCACGGAACUACUUUUGGUGGCGGCCCUGGCGUCUGCAACGUUGCCCGCGCCGUGCUUGGCGAGGUCCAGCAACUGCUGCCCAAGAUGCAGACCAACAUUAAGCGCUUUGAUGAGAUUCUAGAGUCGCUUCGUCAGCAGUUCCCAAAGGUCGUGCUGGACGUGCGCGGCAUUGGCUUCCUGCGCGGUGUUGAGCUGACUGCCGAGUACACUGCCAAGCAAGUCCAGCAGGAAGCCUUGCGGCACGGCAUUGUCAUGAUCACAGCCGGCAAGAACGUGCUGCGCCUGACUCCGCCGCUGAUUGUCGGCGAACCCCAGCUCGAGCGUCUCCGAACUGCUCUUACUUCUAUUUUCAAGUCGAUCAAGCCCGCUGCAUGAGCUUUUCUUUUGACGCGGGGGUGGGUUUUUUGUUUAAGUUGGAUUGGCUGCUUUUUUUUUUUUUUUUUCCUUGUUCCACAAUAUGAUCCAUUUUUGG